GGCGACGACUCUGCCACCACCAACUACCACCACCACCGUCAGUGGCGAGAGAGAGUUCUCUUGUCGGAGCCGUUUCUCUCGUCAUCGGGCCACCACCACUAGCGCGAUACUAUCGUUACUCUACCCGCCAGCGCCAUCCGCACUGUGUACCCGUCGCCUCCUCCUACGACACGGCAAUCAACCCUCAUCUCGCGGAAUCUCGCGGUUCUUCCGCGAACGAGGACACGCGUCGGCAACGGAAACGGGCAGUGCUCAUCGCGUUUCGGUGAAUGUGGAGCAAAGUUCUUUUCUCCAGUGACAAUUGCGUCUAAGUGCUCGAGAUAACGGAUAGAAAACGCUCGAUUGGAUCUUGGUACAGUUGGGCAUCGAAAAAAAGGAGGGGUCUUACAGACAAGGAGUGAGAAAGAAAGGAAGGGGACAAUAAGAAACGAAACGGAUAUAACACACACACACACAGAGUCUGAUCCCUGUAGGCUCUCGCGUCGGGAGCUACCAGCCAGCGUGUUGCACGAGGCAAACACGCACCGCCGUCAGUUCGUACUUGGCGCUUUGGCGGAGCGCGCGCGAUCGGUAGCGCCACGACAGAAGCCACGGCGCGGAUCGGCAGGUACGCGCAUCGGGCGCGACGAGAGGAAGAGGAGAAAGCUAACAUAAGAAUAAGAAGCAAGCGUGCGCUCGCGCGCGCGCCUCUCUUUCGCGAAUUCCGAGCGCGUGAUUGCGCAGGCCGUCGGGCGACCGGCUGCGUGGAAGGACCGGCUGCGAGGGGAUAAAAAGAGACGACCGGUGCGCCGCGUGAUUCUCUUCGUCGUCCUCGCCGCCACUCUCCCAUUCUCUUUCUCUCUUUCUCCCUCGCUCUCCUCCUCCGUUCACUCCUCUCCUUUUUCAGCGGUGCCCCUCCGACACCCCCUCGCGGCGCUCAACCUACCUACCGCUCUAUUUCUCUAUCUUUCUCGCUCUCAUUCCCCCCCCCUCCCCCUUCUCUCGCCUCCCCGUCCCACGCUCCCUCUAUCCCCGUCCACCCUUCUCGCUCCCACCCGCCACGGCUGUCUCGCUCGCACUCGCGUACCUCCGCCUUCCUAUCCGCGCCGAGCGGAGGACUGGAUUCCGUCGAAAAGAAACGACGAUUCGGAGGAUAGUCGCGACCGAUCAUAGCUGGCGCGUCGAUCGGAUCAACCGAAGUGAACUAGCCGCCGCGACUAACCGCAUCGCGCGCGAUACACAAGUAUCACAGCGUCGCGCGCUGCGCGUGCCCUCCGACCUUUCCUUUUUUUUUUGUUCCCUCCCCGCGACUACGGGGGUAGCGCGACUCGUGGUGCGCGUCCGGUCGGUGGACUCGCACUCUUUCUCCGGGAGGGAUCCUCGGCGCGCCUCGUGACCCCCUUCGACUCGACGCGAGUGUGACCUCGGAGUGCACGCGGACUGUGUGGACGUUUCGGGCUUCAGUCGACCUUCUCGAGUGUGUGUCCGACACGCGUAAGCGCACACCACGGAAGACUGAGAACUGCAACCGCGAUCAACUUGUUUCCGGCUUGUUCUCGCGCGUGUUGACAGUGUCCCGAGUGUGCAUAUGCCGGCAACGGACCGUCAGCGAUUCCGACAGGAUCGCGUGCAGCCGGGCACCGGGUUGCGACGACGGGACGCGCGGGAGUGUCGUCGCCGGCGCGAGUAGCACCCUCGCCGGGGGUGGCGCGUGUCGGCAGAUCGUUCGCCGGUGAAGGAGAGAGCGAAAGAGUGUGCACGGAGGAUCGACACGAAAGUGACACGGAAGCGUCGGCAAGUGACGCGAGGAUUCAGCGAAUGCCGCGCACUCGUGGAACGAUGAUCGCGUAGCGGCGCCCGACCAUCACGGCCCUGAGCGGCCGACACAUCAUGUCACAGUUCUCUUUCCGAGGAUCGCCAAAUCUACAGUGCCCUGUGACAGUGAGCUCGUCGUUGGCGUCGUCCUCGGCCUCGCCGCCGACGGUCGCGAUCUUAAACACGAGCGGAACGUCCCUGGUGAGCAGCAUAGCCACCGGUACGACGACGAAUCAUCCCCUGGACGUAGCCGGUCUGUCGCAAGCGAGGAUGGCAGUGACGAGCGCGAUCGUGAGACCGUCCUGCAGUCCCACGGCCUCGGUCAGCCCUUCCCAAGGUCAUCCGCCGCCGUCGGCCGGCGGUCCGGCCGCGGCCAGAUGCUGCGACACCGGCCGGCCCAUCUUCACGGAUCCGCUGACGGGCCAGACCGUUUGCUCGUGCCAGUACGAGCUGCUGGGCGGCUAUCAGCGUCUAGGUGGUCUACCCACGGCCGCGCUCUCCAUGUACAGCGCGCCGUAUGCGGCCGCAGCCGCGGCCGCGGCCUCCGAGGGCAUGGCCGCGUACUUUCCCAGCCUAGGCGCCGAACAGGCGCCCUUUUACUCGCCUACGCCUGCUGGUCUAGAUCUCAAAGAAAAUCUCGGCGCUGGAGCUGCAGCGGCGUGGCCUUAUCCUUCGGUGUAUCACCCUUAUGAUGCUGCUUUCGCGAGUUAUCCCUUCAACGGUUAUGGCAUGGAUCUGAACGGUGCGAGGCGAAAAAACGCGACACGAGAAACGACGAGUACGUUGAAGGCAUGGCUAAACGAACACAAGAAGAAUCCAUAUCCUACGAAAGGCGAAAAGAUCAUGCUGGCUAUUAUUACAAAAAUGACAUUGACACAAGUGUCGACGUGGUUUGCGAAUGCGCGAAGGCGAUUGAAAAAGGAAAAUAAAAUGACGUGGGAACCGAGGAAUCGUGUCGAGGACGAAGAUAACAAUAACGAAGACGAUGAUAGCGGGAGGAAGAGCGUCGACGAGAAAGAUCGGUUAGAUUCGAAAGACUCGGGUACAGGUUCUAGCGAAGACGGGGAACGACCGGCGCAUCGUAUGGAUCUUUUGCAUGGCGGCAGCGGCGGCUCGGCCGGCGUUCAAGGUAGAGCCGAGAGCGAGUGGAGCGAGUCGCGAGCGGAUAGCGGCCCGGACAGCCCGGAAUGCCUGUACGAUCAGAGAGAGCCGAGGCAUCCGCUGCAACUGCAACAUCCGGCGUAUCUCGCACCGAGCCAUGGUCGGCUGUUGCGUCAUCCGUCGCCGGAGAGCACGUCGCCGGGUAGCCAGCACCAUCAUCUCCCGCCGAGCACCAGCGCGUCAUCCACGGCCAGCGCGGUGACCACGAAGCCACGGAUCUGGUCGCUGGCGGACAUGGCGAGCAAAGACGGCGAUCAGCAAAACUCGAACUCGGUGACGAUGACGGGUCUCGCAUCACCUUACGGAGGAACGGGAGGCGGAGGCGGCGGCAAUGGUAACGCAGGGGGCAAGCUCGUCAGUCCCCUGGCCAGUCGAUUGCCUCCUCAUCAUCCCCUGCACCCGGCGAUACAUCCGGGCACGCAAUUCGUAAGACCGCAUCCGGACUUCUACAGGAAUCUAUACAGCGCGUCUCAUCUUGGCUCCGGCGACAUAUCCCUACUGGAGACGUACUCGAGGACACUGGGUGGACUGGGUGGCGUGAUACCACCGCCGUCCACGGCGCCGAGCAUACUGACGUCCACGUCUUCGUCCAUCUCCGCUGCCGGUAAUGUGAAACCUUUCUCAAUCAAUGGGGCUAACGGCGGCGGCGGCGGCGGCGGCGGCGGCGCCGUCGCCGGUGGAUCAGCUGUUUUACUAACCACCGCGACCUCCGGAUUGUCACCGUCGUCGUCGUCAACAGCGUCGUCGGUCGGAUCCGAUCAGUCGCCCCAUCCAACGACGGGCGGUCUUCCCGCGACUCAGGAACUCAAAUCUCCCGGACGAGUGUGACUCAAAGAUACGACCGAUUGUUGAAAAAAGACGUUUAUCGCGCGCGCGCGCACUGUGCAUCGAAGGGCGUUUCGUGUGGUGUGGCUGACAAUAAUCAGAGACUACAAUCUUGUAAUUAGUGUACAGUAAGACGAGAGAUGAUGAGAUAUACUGCCCCUCAACCCGCUUCUCGUUCCUAGUCUUUGUUUUCUUUUUCACUUUCGAUAUCGUCGCGAAUAUUUCUUUUUUUUACCUCUCCCCUCCAGAUCAUCCAAUCUUGAAGUUUAUUUUCUGUUUCUAAUUGUUCCGAAUAAAGACGGAAACUCGUAGUAUAUACCGACUAUCCCAUAGUGGCUCUAAUCCGCGGUAUAACCACAGCUAACGUCAACUCGACGGUACUAUUAUACAUAUAAAAUGCUAUAAAUAUAUAUAAAGAUAUAGGGUAAUAAUUCAUAUUAUUAUCGUAUAUCUUUAAUAAUUAAUAAUUAAUAAUUAAUAUUAUUUAUGCGUUUGUAAAUAGUAGGAAGAGGCCCAGUAGAGAAAUCGUCCGGCCAGUGUAUGUACUGUAUGUAGAGUAGAUACAAUAUUACUAGCAUACCUGAGAUCAUAAUUCAUAUUAAUGACGAUUAUUAUGAUUAUUAUGAUUAUUAUGAUUAUUAUUAUUGUUAUUGCAAUGUUUAUAAUAUUAUCGAUUCACACGUCGACUCAGGUCGUCGAGCAUGACGAGGGUAUGGAUCGUUAGUCGCGGCGACAGAUUGCGAGGGACGCGCGUAGGUACUCGAAAUAUCCUCUCCCUUCUUGUAUAAGUGUACCCUCUCUUAUUUAUUGCGCUGUAAAGAUUAUUGGCUCGUGAUAAUUUUUGUCGCAGAUAAUCGCGAUCGGAACCGACGCGCUUUCGUCGAUUCGCUCGCAAUCUACUGCGAACAUUACAAUAAAUAAUUCCGUCGCGUCGUCCCGCCCCUAUCGCCGUUGCGUAAUAAAAGGAAACAUUCUUCAAAUUGUGUACGAAGGACACCAACGGCUUGCAACAUAUCAUGUCAUGUCACACGUCGAGAGUGAACGAUCGCCAUCACCUUUUAGUCAUUCGUGUCCAAAAUUUCGCGCGAACUCGCUGAUGCCGCACGGCACUGUGUCUCCUUUCGCAAUAAACGAAUCAUUACGGAAUGCGAACGACUUAUUAUUACUCCCACCCAGCUACACCAAUAGAUCGUAAUUUCAAUUUCUUUUCCCUUUUUCACGAGAAAUCGCUUUCCUUUCGGAGAUACUAUAAUCGUGCAUCAUACGCGAUUCAGCAGAGACAAUACGCGCACGUGGCGGAGGCUCUAAUCGACGUAGGGGAUCGUCCCUUCAGAUCCAGCGAAUGAAUAUGAAACGUUCUCAUUCUCGGAACCGGACCGGGAUGUACUUAUAAAAAUGCAAAGCGACCGACUUCUGGGUGGUUGCUGGACAAGCUUGGUUAUUAGUAAACAUUUAAAUCGACAAUCGCUAUAGCUAUGCGGACAGCGGAGAGAAUGUCGUCUCUCUACCUUCCUUCCUUCCUUCCUUCCUUCCUUCCUUCCUUCCUUUCUUUCUUUCUCCGCCUUUCUCCGACGUUCGCGGUUUGAGGUAGAAAAAACAAGAAAUCAACUUGCGAGACCACCCGCUAUGGCCUGGGCUUGCAUCGAGUCGUGGAUCCCGAGGAGGUCCACGCCGUCUUCAUGAAUCAACUCGUUUCUGA